AACUGGCAUGCAGCCAGUUUCCUCACUAAACUGAAUUGCAUAAUGGACUGUCGAUCAUUUUAUGGACGCCCCAGACCUACAUCCACGGCCUACAGCAGUAUUUCACUUUUACCUGCUGAUCCAUGUGAUUCUGAGGUUGAAGAUCUCAGUGAUCCAGAUGAUGAAAAUUAUGAUCAUGUCCCUCCACCCAGCGAAGAUUUGAUGCCCCCUCCAAAGAAACGGAGAAAUAGGAACAGGCUUGUUGAAGUCUCUACAGACCUCUAUCAAACUCCCUCCCAUCCUGCAAAGUCCAGAAAAACCAAAAAGACCACAGGGGUAAAGAAGGACAUUCCCCCUUUCACUGUGUCCGAGCCUGUCUUCAUGCUUCCAGAGUCAGUCCAGUCACCAUUUAUGUAUUGGAAGAGGCUCUUCACUGACCAGAUGAUUGAGCACAUAACUGAGCAUACCAACCAGUACUCAGUUCAACAGACCGGGACAUCCAUCAACACCACAGUUGCUGAAAUGGAAGAUUUUUUGUCAAUUUUGCUGUACAUGGGAGUUUUUGAAUUUCCCUCUUUAGAAGAUUACUGGGCCUGUGAGUCACGAUUCCCACCAGUGGCUGAUACCAUGUCAGUGAAGCGUUUUAAAGUGCUACGAAGACAUGUCCACUUCAAUGACAACUUCCAGAUGGAAGGCUGCACUGACCGCUUCCAUAAGAUUCGCCCUCUUUUAGACAUGCUCAGAGAACAAUGCCUUCUCAUUCCCCCCACCAACAGGCAGAGUGUUGAUGAAGUGAUGGUGGCUUACAAGGGCACCAGAGCUGGCAAACUCCGGCAGUAUAUUAAAAACAAGCCGGAUAAGUGGAGAUUUAAGAUCUUCUGUCGGGCCAGCUCCAUUGGCAUAAUCCACGACUUCAUCCUUUACCAAGGGGCCACAACAUUCUUCAACAUUCAAAAGGAAGAGCAUGCACAUCUGGACUUGGAAGACCUCUCCCUAGGUGCCAAAGUUGUCUCAAUACUCUGCAACACUAUCACACACAAAGAGGCAACUGUGGUAUUCUACGACAACUUCUUUACCAGCUUCGACUUGAAGACACUGCACACCAACCUCGGACUGAGAAGUGUGGGUACCGUCAGGGCAAAUCGUUCAGGUGGUGCAACAUUGAUGAGCGACAAGGAGAUGGUGAAGCAAGGCCGAGGUGUUGUUGAUUUCUGUUCAUCAGAGGGAGUCGUUGCAGUGAAGUGGUUCGACAACAAGUGUGUCACCCUGCUGAGCAGCGCAUGUGGGGUGGAGCCGCUGUCUUCAGUGAAAAGAUACAAAAAGGAGGUGCAACAGAAGGUUGACGUCCCCUGCCCAUCCAUCGUCCUGGCAUACAAUCAAGCCAUGGGAGGCAUCGAUCUCUCCAAUAUGCUUGUGCACCUCUACAAAACGCCAAUGAAGGCACGGCGCUGGUACCUCCCAUUGUUUGGGUACAUCAUUGACGUGAGCAUUGUGAAUGCAUGGCUUAUCUACAAGCGGGACUGCAACCUUCUCAAAGAGAAACCGAUGCCCUUGAAGAAGUUCCGUUUGUCGGUGGCAGCCACGUUGAAGGGAGCCAACAAGGUACCAACCAGGGUUGGCCGGCCCCCAAGUGCAAAGCACAAGCCGCAAGUCCGUCGCCCUAACCCUCGAGUUCUCCAUCCCAGCCUGGAGGUCCGCUAUGAUGGCAUUGGACACUGGCCCACAUUUGGCACUUUGGCACUCAGGUGCAACUUGUGCAUAGGUGGAGUGUCGCGUUGGCAAUGUUCCAAAUGUGGAGAUGGGAAGUUGUUCCUUUGUUCCUUUGUUAAAAACCAGUGCUUUGUUGCAUAUCACCAGAGUUGA